AUGAUAGGUGAAAAGUUCACUAGAAAGGAAUCUUUAAAAGCAAAAGCUUUUAAUUUAGUUGAAAAAGGGCAAAAGCUUGGAAGUCCUAAAAGAAAACAUGAUUCACAGCGGAAAGUUGACAAUGGACAAACUCAAAGUCCAAAAUGUGUAGUUAAAAAUAUAUCUUUGAAAAAACCUUCUAAACUUGAAGAAACAGCUUCUAAAAGCCCAAGAGUGCAUAAGAAGCAGGUCAAGCAAAAACCUAAAAUAAAAUCUAAUAGUCCAGUCUCUAGGAAGAUAAUAAAAGAAAAUGUUAUAGGAUCAUUGAAAUGGGAGGCACAAAAGCGAACAGAGAUUUAUAAAGAAAUAUACAAGAAUUUAGAAUUAAAAUACUGCCUCCACAAUAAAGAAGAGCUAGAGUAUAUAGAAACCCAUGAUUUCGUUCGACCGAGUGCAUCAGAGAAGCUCCUUAAAACUUUUGAUAUUGAUAGCACUAAAUCCCCAAGAGCAAAUAACAAAAUUGAUUCUUCAAAAACCUAUAAAAUCAAUCUUCCUCUGCAAAAUACCUCUCCAAAGCUAAUGAGCAAAGCUUUGUAUAAUAGCUAUUACCAUCCUCUAAAAGCCAAAAGAAUUUGUGAUAUGGAAAUUUCAGCAAAAAAUUUCAAAAGCGAGACAUCUAGUCCGAAUAAUUCGCCACAUGGCUCAUUUAUGUAUAAAAUGAAAACAACGAGAAUAGAAAAGUUUUCUCCUUCGAAACUUAAGGAGUAUAUAAAGUAUCCUAAAGAUGAAAUUUUAGUAGUCGAAGACGAAUACCAAGAAGAAAUCCCCGUUUGUCCUUUUAAGCUUGCUAGAGACGCAGUGUAG